GCCCAUAGCAACAAAUCGCCAUGUUUAUUCUCGCCAGUCGUUUUGUCAGCUAGGACUAUUUAGCUUUUGCAGUCAUUUAUACGUGGUAAAUCUUUGCUAAAGCAUAAAAUGAACAUAGAGGUGUUCCUCACCAUUUAUGCAAUGACAGGCUUCUCCCAGUAGAUGUUUGGAACAGUUUCUUAAAGGUCGGAAGAUAGUAGCAGUGUCCUUGAUCCAUGGAAGACAUGGACAAUGUGGAGGUGUUAGAGGUUGUGAAAGUAACUGAAGAAGUUGAAGAUGUGUACAGCCAAGUGGAUAUGACGUCCCCCAAAAAGAAGAGGGGCAAGACUGAUGAAAACAGUCAUGAAAGACCCAAGAAGCCCCGAUCUGCCUACUUGCUGUACUACUUCGAUGUUCACCAGGUUAUGCAACUCGGAACCCCGAAUUUGCCUCAGUCUGAAGUCAACAAACGAAUCAGUGAGAGCUGGAGGAGACUGAGUGUAGCUGAGAAGAGCUACUACCUGGAGAGAGCCAAGUUGGAAAAGGAGGGGACAGACACAACAUCUCACAGCUCCAAUAAACACCUGCCGGGCUUCCGCAAAAUCCUCCCCAGAGCCAACUGCUUCCUGGUGCCCAACAGCGCCUCCUCUAACUAUCAAGCUGUAGGCUCUCAGUCAGAAGUGUGCAUCGAAUCGAUCGAUUUUUCAGCUGAAGGAAGCUUGUGCUCGGUCGCCCUGAGGGUCCCCAAGUCCAAGGUAGCACCUGUUGACUUGGCCGCUGAGGUGGAAAUUUCAGAUCCCUCCACCGUCCCCAGUGAUACAGCAGCAGAGGAAACGGUGGUGUCUUCUUAUGUGACACCCCAAAGAACUUCGCCAUGGUCUUCAUCCAAAACCCUGACAUCCACAGACACCCAGGGCUCACAGGGUUCUGUUGAUGAGAUGCUGAAUGAUGUCUCACUGAAAACAAAAGCCAGUGGAGUAGCAGUGCAAAUGAUGCAACGAGAAGCUACGCAGAUGGUGACCAUUGUGCCCUCCCAGAAUCAGCUGGAGCCUCAGCCUUUAGCAGGCAUUAGUUCCCUGCAGCCAGUCAUGAUGAUAUCUGUAGGGGCCAAAUCAGACCAGAUUCCCAAACCUUCAUAUAAAAUGUCUGUAAAGACAUACACAAGGAGAGGUCGGGGGAGGUGUCUAAAUCCUGGCUGCUCUUUUGUUUACGUCACUCGACACAAACCACCUACCUGUCCUGAGUGUGGGAGCCACUUGGGAGGAAAAUGGAUACCUGCUGUAAAGGCUAAAAGGACACAAGAUAAAACUGGUGCUUCCAAGCUAACAACUGACAACAAGAGUGACGAAAGCUGUCUGGCUGCACUGCAUGUUUCUGCAGACAACAGUGAAACAAAGUCUGGCGGCGAUAAGAAGGAAGGACAAGCGCAUCGGAGCAGCAGUAAACAGCCUGCACUAUCAGCUGCAGCACCACCAGAAGGCAGCAGCACCACACCUCUGCCUCAAAUAUGUAAACAAAUAAAAGCGAAUGCUAAAAGCACGCAUCAGAAACCAGUGAAGAGCUGUGCUGUUGUUCAGAAGAGGCCCGUGAGACCCAUCCUUCCUGCCGUCUGUAACACAGGCAGCGCCGUGAUUCAGAUCUUAACUGUUGCACCCGAGAAAGAAAAACCUCAAAGUGUCUCUAAAAGCAACCAUUCAGCAGCAGCCACAGUGCCUCAAGAGAUUCUGUCAGGUCUUAAGCCCAGCACUUUAAAGCAGCUUGGCCAGACCGUCCCAACAACAACAACAACCCUCCAGGAUUCCUCCGUCUCAGCAGACAGAAGUAAACAUGUGACUUCCACUCCUGACACAGGUGUGAAUGUUUUGUCCCUAGUGCCUUUCAGACACACGGUUUCCUGUUUUGAUUUGGGGCUAUCCACAGCACGAGGCAGAGGCCGCUGUAAGAACCCGGCUUGUGACUACAUGUAUAAGAACCGCCACAAACCGGCUGUGUGCCCGAAAUGUGGCAGCGAGCUGACCAGAAAGGACACCAAACCUCCAAAGUCUGAGAUUUUGCUAGAUCCCCAUCAGGAGCUGAGUCCUGCUCAGAGGGACGUCCAGCGCCAGAGCACUUUGCAGCUAAUCCGCAGCACCCUGCAGAUUCCUGAGAGUGACACAGAGCUGCAGGAAACAAUGAGCCUCAUCCAGGAGCUGAACAGUGUUAAAAUAGUCUUGGUUAAGAACGGCGAGGGAAGCGAUGCAGAGACUGAGACACUGUUGGAGACUGGGUGGCCUCAGUUUUAUGAAUCAGCAGCUACACACUGUGGCCUGUGUAGCUACCGUCUGUUGAAAGGAGGGCGGGGUACUGUUGCCGGGCAGGAGGACUGCUGGUUGCUCACCGAGACUCUGAUGCAGACGGCGUCUCUGCAGCUCAAAGUGUGUCCCAACCUUCGAUGUUUGGCCCUGCACAGCUUUGCAGAUCUGCAUCCAGGUUUGUUCAAUGUUGGGAAUCGACUUCUUGUAAGUCUUGACUUGUUUCUGAAGCUCAGAGCCAACAUCAAACUGGGCCAGACACCAUCUCUAGCCGCUCAAUCUGUGUUUGACCAAAUCCAGAAUCAUCCAAUCCAUAGUCUUUCUCCAGAGGAAUCAUCUCAAGUUCAGGAGCUUUUCCUGAGCGGUUACUGGGCCUUUGAGUGUCUGACGGUGCGGGAUUACAACGACAUGAUCUGUGGCAUUUGUGGUGUUGCCCCAAAAGUUGAGAUUGCGCAAAGACACAGAAACGACGUACUGGAGCUGAAGAAUGUGGAGUUUACCUGGCCGGAGUGUUCAGUCUCGGAUGAAGUUCAUGUGGAUGACUUCUGGCUGACCAUGGAGGGGGAAGCGAUCGAGCAAGCGGCUUUCCCUGCAGACAUCCCCAUCACACGGGUGGAUGCUUCCAUCAUUGCUCCUUUCGCGCCGCCUUUGAUGAGGAGCCCCACUGUCAUCAACACAGAGAAAGACAAGCUCAUGCCACAAAUACAACAGCCUGCAGGAGAUCCGUCAGCUUUGGUUCGUCUCAUCCAUGACGGUCAGCUCAGACUCGACAGGGUCGAAGAUCACAGUGAGGAUGAGUUGAGGACCAUACUGGAUAGCUGUGGAGUGGGCCUCAGCCCUGGCUCCACCAAGAACGAGCUUCUGGCCUCCCUGGUCAACCUGUACACACAUGUUCACAGUGGCCCUCCCACGGCUCCACAGCCGCCCCCACAUCUCACUGCAGGCAAGCUGUCCAAGGUGUGCCCCCACAAGGUGGUGUGUUCCUCUAAGUACUUGGUGAGAGGAGAGACGGCUCGGGACCACGUGGAUCUGCUCCUCUCCUCCCGUUACUGGCCUCCAGUUUACGUUUGCGACUGUCCUCGUCAAGUGGCGCUUUGCACUGAUCUGCAGUAUCCAGAGUUGGCAACACAGAUGUGGGGCAGAAACCAGGGCUGCUUCUCUGACCCCUUUGAAAAGCCAGAAUUUGUGACAUGCCCUGAGCUACAGGACCAGCCGUACACCGCUGACCUCUCCUUGGUGGCAGAGAACCAGCUGGUUCACCCCAUCACAAAAUCCUCCUCUUGCUGGCUGGUUUAUCCUCCAGGAGCAGCGCGGGACACUCCUGCUCAGGAAUACCACCGCAUCACCCGCUGCAGAGAUCUGGAGCCGUAUAUCAAUCUGCUAACAGAGCUGGACUUAAAGAAAGAGGAGCAUCACACAGAGGGAAAUAUAAAGGAGCAGACCGUCAUACCAGAGAAUGACUGUUUAAAAGAACUAGAAGACAAUGUGAACACAAAUCCCAUCAUUUUCAACAACACGGCUUAUUACUACUUGUACAACCGACUUGUAGACUUCCUCAGCAGCAGAGACAUAGUAAACCAGCAGAUCAGCCAGGUUGUGAAGGCUUGUCAGCCUGGAGAGGUUGUCAUCAGAGACUCUCUAUACCGACUCGGAGUGGCACAGAUAAACACAGACGAAGAUGAAGGAACGAAAUUAGACGCACAGGCAGAGGAAGGAGGAGAGAAACAACUACUGGUUCUAAGCAAUUAAAAAAUAAAAUCUUGGUUGGACUUUAUAAUGCUAUAAAAAGAGACUUGGGAGCAAGGAUUUUAGAAGCAGCGUAGGACUAAAAAUAACUUUUGUAUUACGGAGGAGACAGAAUAAAAAAUCUACAUUUGAUACGGUGCUGGUCACAUGUUGAAGGGUGAUUUGAAAUCUGUAGAAGUGAAAGCCGUCACAGACUGUAGAGAUUACUGUUAAUAUAUUGAGUUUUAUGAAGUUUUUAAUACUACUGAAGACUUUAAAAAUGGAUGCUAUUUAUGAAAGUGUCAGUUGUAAAUGAUGAAUGUAAUUUUGGUUUCAUGCCAAGAUGUUUAUGGAAUAAGUUAAUAUAGUGACAAAGCUAAGGCCCAAGUUUUGACGUCAGCUGAUAAUAGAUUCCUAUAAUAUAAAGCUGCUUUGCUUUCACUUUUUUUUUUUAAGACAAAAAUAUAAAACAUAAUCUGCUUUUGUUUUAAACAUAAAAGUAGCAAUUUCUUCUGCUUCCAAAAUAAUGCAUUUACAUGUAAUAUUGGUUAUUACAUGUAAAGUUUAUUUUAUAUUACACAGUUGUUUCGCAGGCAUAGACAUAGAAAUUAUUGUGAUACAAGCAGAAGAUAUAAACAUGCUAAAUUUGUCAUUUUUCACAGCAUAUGGUCCUUAGUCUUCCACGUCAUGACAGUUAAAAAAAAAAUUUAUUUCACAAUCCACUGAAUUUGUUGUACUUAUUGCAGGAACAGUGAUGUAGCUUUCUUCCAGUCAGCUGAUCGUUUGCAGAGAAAACUCUUUGGUCGUUUCCUUGACGUCUCAGUGAAAGUACAUUUAAUUAUAGAAUUAUAGUGUGAUGGAGAACAUUCGUAACUUUGAAACCAUAACUUAAAAACGUUGGUACAGUGUACUGUGGUCCCACUCUUCAAUCUCCUUCUGACUAAAGGAAUGUAAACUGAACUAGUGCAAACCUUGUUCUGCGUCGUUAUCCAUGUGCCAUAUUUACAGGCUUACCUCUCUAUAACCUUGUGAGCAGAUUUUUACAGAGAUAUUGCGUAUCUGCUUUUUUUUCCACUGGGUUAUUAUAUAAAAAUGGACCUCAGAGAGUAGUGUUGAAUUUGCAUGAUGAUAUUUUGUGAAAAAUAUAUAUUUAAUGUGGGCUGCUGUAUGAAUUGAUUUAAUAUGUAUGAAUGCAUUGGCCUUUAAGAAGCAACAAAAGUUAUGUGUACUUUUUCAGAUCUUCUUGCUUGGUGCUUAUUAAAGCAGAGCAAAUGUA